AUGGCGGGACACCUGGCUGCCGACUUUGCCUUCUCGCCCCCACCGGGCGGUGGGGGCGAAGGGCCGGAGCCGAGCUGGGCUGACCCUCGCACCUGGCUGAGCUUCCAAGGCUCCCCAGGUGGGCCAGGUAUCGGGCCGGGGGUUGGGCCGGGCGCUGAGAUGUGGGGCAUUCCCCCGUGCCCUCCGCCGUACGAGUUCUGUGGGGGCAUGGCCUACUGUGGACCUCAGGUUGGCGUGGGGCUGCCCCAAGGCGGCCCGGAGACCCCUCAACCCGAGGGCGACCCAGGGGCCGGGGUUGAGAGCAACUCCGAGGGGGCCUCUCCCGAGCCCUGCACUGGCCCCCCUGGUGCCGUGAAGCUGGAGAAGGAGAAGAUGGAUGAGAACUUCGAGGAGUCCCAGGACAUCAAAACUCGACAGAAAGACCUUGAACAAUUUGCUAAACUCUUAAAACAAAAGAGGAUCACUCUGGGGUAUACCCAGGCCGAUGUGGGGCUCACCCUAGGGGUUCUCUUUGGGAAGGUGUUUAGCCAAACGACCAUCUGCCGUUUUGAGGCUCUGCAGCUCAGUUUCAAGAACAUGUGUAAGCUGCGGCCCCUGCUACAGAAGUGGGUGGAGGAAGCGGACAACAAUGAAAACCUCCAGGAGAUAUGCAAAACGGAGAACCUCCUGCAGCAGGCCCGAAAGAGAAAGCGGACUAGCAUUGAGAACCGAGUGAGAGGCAGCCUGGAGAACCUGUUCCUGCAGUGCCCAAAACCCUCGCUGCAGCAGAUAGGCCACAUUGCCCAGCAGCUGGGGCUUGAGAAAGACGUGGUCCGAGUGUGGUUCUGUAACCGGCGCCAGAAGGGCAAACGAUCAAGCGGUGACUACUCCCAGCGAGAGGAUUUUGAAGCUGCUGGGUCUCCUUUUCCAGGGGGACCAGUGUCUUUUCCUCUGGCACCAGGGCCCCAUUUUGGUACCCCAGGCUAUGGGGGCCCUCACUUCACUACUCUGUACUCCUCAGUUCCUUUCUCUGAGGGGGAAGCCUUCCCCUCUGUCCAGGUCACCUCUUUGGGCUCUCCCAUGCAUUCAAACUGA